GCUAAUACUCGAAUGUUUGUUACCAAAGGUGGUCGCACAAUUUCAGGAUGAGCGUGAACAGUAAAAUGCUUUCUAGAGCGAUGCUGUACUGGUGAUAGGGUGUUUUAUUGAAAGCACCGUACGAAAUGGCGGCUAACGACGAUGCUGAAUUUGAAACAUUUGAUCAGGACAACGAUGCACGAAGAAGAAUAAGGUCACACUAUAGGACCUUGAUUCAAGAUUUACAAGAUCGCAAAGAUGACCUGAUUAAUCCUGAGAGCGAAGAACUGGAGGAAAAGUUGGACCAAAUCAAUGAGGAAUUUCAAAAUGUUAAAAGGCCUAGGGAGGCCGUGCUUGACUCAGCCUCUGUUAACAUGAUUGCCAACAUUGGGCGCUUGAAGGCGCAGGCUCUGUCGACAGAGUUUGUCCGCUUUAGUCCUGCGGAGUUUGCAAGCCGAAUAAGCUCAUAUUUUGGAUGUAGGCCUAUAGCCCAUGACGAGGAAGUUCGAAUCUCUGCCAACACCUGGGCCGCGCUUGGUCGCUCAGCUGCUCCCUUGUUUGCAAGUACCCCACCAUUGAACCUUAUGUUAGGGUCGUUUGAGCGCGGGCCUCGAGCUGUGAGAGAGAGGCAGCCUCGGACUCAGAGGGCUCAAGAUUCACAGAACCAGAGGGAAACUGUCCCCAAUCAGUUGACGAAUUUUAAUGAUGGUGAUAAAUGUGAGGCAACAACUGAGGAGGUGGACCGAGUGCUCAAAAUCCUCAAGUCUGUCUUCAGGAAGAGGAAAAAAAUCUCCUUCUUUGAGUUUGUCAUAAAUCCGGACUCUUUUGGGCAUUCUGUAGAAAAUCUAUUUUAUGUUUCGUUCCUUGUAAGGGAUGGUCUAGCUGAGAUAUUUAUUGAUGAAGACCUUCAGAUUCCUAUGAUUCGCCCAGCAGAUAGUGGGAGAAGAAAUGCUGUGUCCGAGGAAGAGAGAAGUAGACAGAGAAGGCACCAGACUGUGAUAUCCCUGACACCAGGGGACUGGAAGAAACUUGUGACUGUAUACAAGGUAAGACAAGCCCAGAUUCCUCCACGCGUUUCAACAAACAAUGGAAACAGGUGACAAACCUUUGUGGAGUCUACGAUGAUACCAGCAUGUGGACAAUCCGCCUGUAGGGGUCCCUGUAUAUGUAGUAUUCCUUCACAAAGUGCUGGCAAGGUGUUAAUCUUGAUGCUGUCACAUAGCAUGCAUCCAUGGCAAUAGAUAUUACAAAGUUUUCAUGGCAAUCGAUAUUACUAAGUUUCCAUGGCGAUCAAUAUUACUAAGUUUCCAUGGCGAUCAAUAUUACUAAGUUCCAUGAUAAUCAAUAUUACUUAGUUUCCAUGGCAAUCAAUAUUACUAAGUUUACAUAGCACAGAGGUCACUCUGGAAUUCUCCAAAUAAGUCAGUGGCUUCAAAUGUUAUCAAAUUUUCACAAGUCAGUUUGGUUAGAAUAUUUAUUAAGCAUCAUCAUAUUU